CGUGGUAGAAAAUGAGCGAGGGCAAAGUUCAAAACAGAAAUAUUUAGGACAUGACAAUACUUGAUCAACUGCUAGGGACGCAUGGCGGCUGCCUGUGGGAUACAUGUGCUGUUCGAAAGGUAUUUGAAGUGUAUACACAAAAUAUACCAGAAAUGGGCAGUUUCUACGUCGACAAGCAGCGGUUUCCUGACAUGAGCGGGAAGAAAAUAAAGGCUGUUGUGUUGGGAAACGCCGGGGUGGGAAAGACUUGUCUCAUCCGGCGGUUUGCAGACGACUUUUACACCGACGGCGCGAAAAGCACUGUGGGAACGGACAUGUUGGUGAAGAACGUUGAAAUUGACGGCCAGGAGGUGACUGUGGAACUCUGGGAUACAGGCGGACAGGAGAGGUUCUGGAGCCUGCGGACGCCAUUUUACCGUGAGACGGAUGUCUGUAUACUCAGUUUUGCUGUGGACGAUGAAAACAGCUUUAAGAAACUUGAUGCCUGGAAGGACGAAUUCGAGUUCUACGCUGACGUCAUAGACGCCUCUUCGUUUCCGUACGCUGUCAUAGCAACCAAAGCUGACGUCACCGACCGUGCCGUGUCCGAGCAAGCUGCGCAGGCGUGGUGCAAGGCAAACUGGGACAUGCCCUACUUCGAGACCAGCGCCAAGAACGGCCAAAACGUGGACAAGACGCUGACGAGAAUAGCGAAGAUGGCAUGUAGAAGGAAAUGGAAGAGUAAUCAGCGAAAAACAGUAACCACUGCCAGUCAUGAUAGUUAUAGGAAAGAGAUACAGCCGAGGGGAGUACAGCUGUCACUCAUGUCUCCCCUGGAUUCUCAUUGGGACAUGGUCAGCGUUGAUGAGAUUAACUCACACAGCGAUAGAGUACAACUAGGCCGUAAACCGACUGUCCAAAACGACCAGUGUUGUUAAUGUGGUCCUUUUGGGCGAUUUAGGCACAUUUAGGCACUAAAGGAACUUGACUUUGCAUGUUGUAUACAACUUUUACAAAACAUUACCGAUGCUUUAAAUGACAAGUAUGUAAUCUAUGUACAUUAGGGGUGGGCAUCGGUACAGUGUACCGGUACAAAAACGUUUUUUCUUAUUGGACCGGUCCAGAAAAACCGGACCUGAACAAAAUCGGUGAACCGGAUGUUGGACUUAUUGGAAAAUGAACAGAUUAUAUGUUCAGGCAUUCACACGUUUUGGGGCUUACCAGUCGAAGAAAAUAGCAAGAGCGAAGUAGAGGUAGUUAGCCUUGUAGGAUUUAAAAUGCCAGUAGGAGUCGACUACUACAUCAAACAAAUUACUUUGUAGUGAAAUGGACUAUUGUUUUGAGCAUCGUCCAUUCAAAAGUGAUCACAUACUGAAUCAGGUCCAGGUUCAGGUCCAGACCUGGACCUGAUCCUCUAGACCUGAACCGGACCUGGACCUGAAAUUUCUGUACCGGUACCCACCCCUAAUGUACAUGCAUUUACUUCUUCGCCUACCGUUAAGAGGAGUGUAUUGACAUUGUUGGUAGGCUAUUCAAUUUUUACGUUUGGAGAGCAUCUUUGCUGUUGAUAUUCCAAUUUCAUUUAGCACAUACGCAGUAAAACAUCAUGGAUGUUGGUAUUGAUUGAUAAUAAAACAUUGAAUUUGUUUACAGAUG